GUUAACUUCGCAGACUCUCGUUUGGGUCAACACACAACACACAGAUCAGAAUCUGAGGUUUUGUCUGAGACGAGAUAGAAUAAGAAGGAAGAAGAUGGCGGAGACUGUGCAUUCUCCGAUCGUUACUUACGCAUCGAUGCUUUCGCUUCUCGCCGUCUGUCCACCUUUCGUCAUUCUCCUAUGGUACACAAUGGUUCAUCAGGAUGGGUCUGUUACUAAGACCUCUAACUACUUUUGGGAGAAUGGAGUUCAAGGACUCAUCAACAUAUGGCCAAGACCCACUAUGAUUGCUUGGAAGAUAAUUUUCUGCUAUGGAGCAUUUGAGGCUGCUCUUCAGCUGCUUCUGCCUGGUAAAAGAGUCGAGGGUCCAAUUUCUCCAGCUGGGAACAAACCAGUUUACAAGGCCAAUGGUGUGGCUGCUUACUUUGUGACCCUAGCCACCUAUCUUGGUCUUUGGUGGUUCGGAAUCUUCAACCCUUCAAUAGUCUAUGAUCACUUGGGUGAAAUUUUUUCAGCACUUAUCUUCGGAAGCCUCAUAUUUUGUGUUUUGUUGUACAUUAAGGGUCAUGUUGCACCUUCAUCAAGUGACUCUGGUUCAUGUGGUAACCUUAUUAUUGACUUCUAUUGGGGCAUGGAGUUGUACCCUCGAAUUGGUAAAAACUUUGACAUCAAGGUUUUUACUAAUUGCAGAUUUGGAAUGAUGUCUUGGGCAGUUCUUGCAGUCACGUACUGCAUAAAACAGUAUGAAAUGAAUGGGAAACUAUCUGACUCAAUGCUGGUGAACACCAUACUGAUGCUGGUGUAUGUCACAAAAUUCUUUUGGUGGGAGGCUGGUUAUUGGAACACCAUGGACAUCGCACAUGACCGAGCUGGCUUCUACAUUUGCUGGGGUUGUCUGGUGUGGGUGCCUUCUGUAUACACCUCUCCAGGCAUGUACCUUGUGAACCACCCUGUCGAACUUGGAACUCAGUUGGCAAUAUACAUUCUCAUUGCAGGAGUCCUUUGCAUUUACAUAAACUAUGACUGCGAUAGACAAAGGCAAGAGUUCAGGAGGACAAAUGGGAAAUGUACGGUUUGGGGCAGAGCCCCGUCAAAGAUUGUGGCAUCGUAUACUACAACAUCUGGUGAAACUAAAACUAGUCUGCUCUUAACAUCUGGAUGGUGGGGAUUGGCUCGUCAUUUCCAUUAUGUUCCUGAGAUCCUAAGUGCUUUCUUCUGGACUGUACCGGCUCUCUUCGAUAACUUCUUGGCAUACUUCUACGUCAUAUUCCUCACCAUACUUCUCUUCGAUCGAGCUAAGAGAGACGAUGACAGAUGCCGAUCAAAGUAUGGGAAAUAUUGGAAGCUGUAUUGUGAGAAAGUGAAAUACAGGAUCAUUCCGGGAAUUUAUUGAAUGUAACGAGAGAAGUCUCUCUCUCUCGCUCUCUCUACUUGUCUCGUUUACUUCGAACGUUGGAAUCAUCAAAGAAAAAGAAGAAGCAAAUGGAUGCGUUAUAGAGACUGUCUUUUGCUGA